CUGACGUCAUCUGCCGGCGCCGGAAGUUGGCUGCGGCUGUGCCUGGAGCCGGCAUCGGGAAGGGGAAGCGAGGAGUUAGUGUUCUCUGCAUCUUAGACGCAGCUGGCGGUGCGGUUUGGAGGAGCUACCAAUGGACACCCAGAAGGACGUCCAACCCCCAAAGCAGCAGCCAAUGAUAUAUAUCUGUGGAGAAUGUCACACGGAAAAUGAAAUAAAAUCCAGGGAUCCAAUCAGAUGCAGAGAAUGUGGAUACAGAAUUAUGUACAAGAAAAGGACUAAACGAUUGGUGGUCUUUGAUGCUCGAUGAAAUGUGGAAUUCAAAGGAAUAUCUUCACAUGUUUGAAUUUGCUGAUUUUUUUCUCAGUGUUAUAUAGUUUGAUUAGCUACUUACUGUUGUGAAUAGAACUCUAUACCUAUGAUUUUAUUUUGUUUCCCUUAUAAAAACAUGUAGUCUUUAAGAUAUAAGCGUUUGUAUAAAGAAAUUAUUUUUGUUGA